AUGUGGAGAUCCAUCCCGUCACCGGCUGUCCAGCGGCGUGCAGAGACGAAUCAUGUCACGACGGUGCCGACGCAAGGUUCCAUCCGACCUUUCAUCCAGCGGAAUCCGCAAACCCUGUGCACACGGUACAGCGCACAGGGCCCCCUCACCUGGUUUAGCCCGCCGGUCGAGACGGUUGCCCGGGGUGUGGCCGCUGAGCAGAGCCCAGCUACGUGGAGCCACAGGUGAGAGUUGAGUGCCAGCCAUCUAACAGGACAACAAAUGGUAUCGACAGUAAUUUCAGAAAUUCUUGCUAUUGAAAUUGUGCAGUCUUCUUGGGCUGGCUGAAUUUGCAUUAAUUGCGUUUGAUUAUGGCAAAUUUUGUGUUCGUGAGGUGUCGGAAAUUUCCGUUUAUGGCGUUGUCGACAGACAAACGCGGGGGCAAAUUUUUUCGUCAUCAAAAUGACAUUCUCGCAAAAAUGAAAUCGUUUCGCAUUUUACCUGUCAAAAUGCACAAAACGAAAAUAUUCAAUUGCGAGUUUUCGGUAAUGAGUCUUAGUUGCACAGAAAGCUCAGUCGAUGCGUAGAGUUUGCGAAGCCACUCUAGCACCGUGCAGCCGUGACAUGAAGACUUCUACUCGCAUGUUAUUUUUGAAACAGCGUUUGCUUUAGUACUACUUAGACUCCCCCGCCUUUUCAGCAUGUAAGUGGAGUCGUAGGCCGAAGUCAAAGACCCGCGCUUAGGAAAAGCCCCAGCAUUCCUCUGUAUUUGUCGGAGCUAAAAACAGGCCACAUGCUGCUCGAAAACACGUGCUAUGCUUGUAGUUCACUUUGUGGCAUCAAACUCCGAGGUCAUGAGUUUUGUUUUGAUCUGGUUUGCAGACACUUGAUUGGCGCUCAGGAACCGGCUGUCUCGGCCAGGCUGCGUGGAAACUCGCAAUUCCGUCGCCUCUCUACUGCCUCGCGGGGCAUUCCAUCGGCGAGUGAUCGAGCUGGCGCACGAGGAGUCCAGAGAGCAACGUCAGCCAUGAGUAACGACGAGUCUUCACCUUUGCUGAAUGCAGGACCUGCUACCCAAUACGCUGCAAGUGAGUGAGGUUGUGGGACCUCUUUUUAUUUUCUUAAAACGACCUUAAUAAAGGCACUUCUGUUUGCCUCCACUUUUCUAGCCAGCAGACCGCUUGGCCUCAAACUAAGUUCCUUUAAACCAUAAAAUCGCAUGGGUCAGUAAUUGGCAUUGACGGUCGGAACCGACUUGUGCGCAAUCGGCCCCAGGCUCCCCCAUAUCCAUUGGAAAGAAUUGCUGUAGACGACUAGCAACCAGGAAAGUUCCAGCGGUUAGCCUGCCAUAAAAAACCCCAUACAAAUCUCCCUUCAUAUCUGAUAUUCUUUACUAACCUAAGCAGGUCUCAAAGGCAAAUGAAACAGCAUCAGAAGAACAUGGACACCAACCUCGUUUAUGGUCGCUCGCCUGACGGAGCGAUUACCAGGCUAUGGUUCCUAGAAGAAUCUAGGUUUGUUUGGGUCACGCAUGGCAAUUGAGAGAGAGACCGAAUUGUACUAUCAGGCAUUUUUGUCUCGCCGUUCACCAGCCAGACUACCCUUCCCUAAUAAUCUUAAAAACUUCAAAAAUCACCCAGACAUGGACCCCUCAAACUAAUUUACGGCAUUGUAACUGCAAGACAGUCAAUAUGCUGAUAAAUCAACAAACACUGACACAAUAAAGAUAAUGAAGAAUGGACCUAGGGUCGAGUACAACCAGACAAGGAUGCUACUGGGCCCCUACAGUUGACUGAUAAAUCGGCUUUUUGAUCCCAGGCAGCCUUCAUAUUUUGAGAUCUUUACCCCCUUAUCUGCCAUCCAUUGCGAUUCAGGCUCACGCGAACACUGAACCACCAAACCGAUUGGGUUUUCAGGACGCCGAUCGGUCCAGGUAUAUAAAUGCCGAAGUAAGUGACCUUAGUACUGAAAACAAAAUGACGGUCAUAUCUUGUUAAUCCACAGCUAAUGGAUAGUAUGAAAACCAGGUCUACGCUAGACUCGUAGAUUUCCAUUACUUGGUUUCUGGCCUACCGACAAGUUCUUUUAGAAGUUUAGGUGUGAAUGAAUCUUCUUUGGGGUUAGAUUCCAUCAUAAUAUUGGCCAUUUGGUCUCUCUGAGCUCUGAUGAGAAUGUCUUAAUACCGUAGAUUUAUAAAAUUGAUUAGACGGCAGCUUAGUGUACCCGUUCAUUCAGAGUGUUUGAUUACUAUUAACUAUUCGAAUCGCUGACAGUCGCCGGUCGUGAAUCCGCAAUUCUCAAAAUUUUGAUGAGAUGCUGGUCGAUUACCAAGUGAGUCAGAUGGACGAAAGUAAGGGAUCCUUCGGAUUCGGCAUGUUUUCUUCUAAGAAAGAAAAAAACUAAUCAGUCAAACCGCCCUUUUCCUGCAGUGUCUACAGGAUCUGAAUAUCUUCUUGAUGAAUUUGGUUUUGUGUCAGCUGACACAGAAUCGGCCGCCAAGAACAUGAAACCCCUCUGGGUAGAGGUUGCCACACCGAUAGAUGCGGCGCAAGUCUGCCGCCACUUUGAAAGAAAUCAUGUGCAAGGUACAGUCCCUGCUCUCGCCCUGGUGGGGAGCACAGGGUGGACAUCGUCGAUCACAACGGUCGAACUGUCAUGUGCAGUGCCGGUGGCUUGCGCGGGAAUUAAUUUAUACUUUUCAGGACGUCUACCACACACUCUCUCUCUUUCCCUACCACCUUGCUUCAGUGGGGAGGCAAUUUCAGAACGACCGGAGGUGGACGCAGACGCAAUGAAUGAUAAAGCUGUAUGGCCCGUCUGGGAUUGUCACACAGCCCGGCUUCCUCAUGAAUCAGGCGUACUGGAGGAGACUCUUCCCACGUAUUGAAGAUCUGCAUGUUCCUAUAUAUGACGUUUUUCUGGCCAUACUGCCAGUUAAAAGUGGAUCAUAGGCUUGCUACAGAGGGGAUUCAUGACAUGUAAGGGAGGGAUGUCGUGCUUGCUUGUGCAGAGAGGGCGAAGUGUACUGAUGGGGUCUAGACUGUGGGGCUUUACUGAAGACUUUCAUCGAUGCAUAUGUGGUCAAAUAGGCUUAUGCGAUGACCGAGUGUCCCCUGGCAGCAUGGACAGGUGAGGGAGGGCUGGCGGAUGUAUUUUGGAGCGCCUGACACUAGUGCAUCGAUCGAAGGUCGUUGGAUUCACAGUCGACCGCUAAGGCCGCUGUGUGAUGUGAAGGUGUUGUCACAGUUGUGACUUACUGGGACUGAUUCCACACUGCCAGUGGUGGCGUCGGGGGGGGGGGUAUCGGGCAGUUGGGAGAGUAGUUCGAUUAGUCUACUUGCGCGACGUCGCCUGUGAUGCCGACUGUGUGCGCGGUGAUUGGUGAGUUGGAAGGCUCGCCAUAGCGGUGGAUCAGAAGACGACUGAUAACGUAUUCUAAACGUCCGUUAGAACUGUGGGCUUCUACAGCACUGUCCCGUGAUAUUGAAGUUUUCCAUGUCCAGUUCUUCGCUCUGGCCUCUUCUAUGCGAUGAGAUGCCUGUAGACUGGCUUCUGUUCUCGAGGCAAUGCACCAUCCCAGCCGAUUCCGGAAGAGUUACUCCCGGGUUUCAGGGUUUAUUUGCGGAUAUAUAAAGAAGGUCUACAAUGUGUCAUUCUAGCGAUGUUUGCCAAUCUUGUCUGCGAGCACUCGUAGUGACGUCGCUGUAUAAUAGACGCCUACAAGGCGCUCGUCGUCGGCAGUUGUGUCCACCUCAGAAUGGCGUGGACAAUGAGGAAACCGGCUUUUUCAUCCGAGUUCUAAUGUUGGUUUCGACGAUAUCCACCGCGUGCUCCACAGCAAGACGGAGCAGGGACGGGCACUUCUGCGUGAGAUAGUUUAUAUUGAUAGUAGACUUGCACAGAAUCUACCACACUCUCUCCUCCUCAGCCACCUGGACCCGUCGUCAAGACAGAGCCAAAGAAGGCCGGAGACGGGGGAGAGCGCAGGUGACUGGCACGGCCAGAGCCGCAUCUAGGCGUGCCACCACACCCCCUGGUCUACACAGCAAAUGACCAGGUUUUUGAUCAACAGCAACAACGGGGAGGCGACAGCGGUCCCAGUGUGUGCAAAGUCUGCCGGCAACUGGGUCUGCCACCGCACCUCGAAAUGUUGACACUUUUAUGAUGUGCAAAUCCAGUAACGCCUGCCAGAAUCCCACAUGGCCCCCGCGUUGAUCCAGCGCAUCUACCACGUGGUCCGUUUGGGGGUGCGGUUCUUUCCAUAACAUCCAUAUCAGAGACUCUAUCAUGUCUGCAUUCAAUAGAGGCAGCAGAGCUUAAAGUAGUCGAUUUUCAAUGUUUGACUUUCGCUGACUGUCCACAUCUCCACCCUACACAGAAUCGAUUCCAAGAAAAUUGACUGAUACACUUUCAGUUUCGAGUUCUGUUAAAGCGGCUGCGAUUUCAAACUGAGUGAUUAAGUAGGCCGAAGGACUAACUGGCUCUGGAAAUCCUACCUACGAUUUCGUCGUCGAUCCAGAUGUUCCUUCCUGUAUGCAUUUCAGACAGUUGCGUUUGUUCACACAUGCGGAGCCAGUCCCAUUCACAUUGAUUAUGGUGUGCUGCGCCCAUCAGAUGUUGCUCACUGACACAAAAUUAUCAACCUACAUGUGUUCCUUAUCUGCUAAAGGUCUGUGCAGCCAGAGGCAAAGCUGCCCAUGGUUUUUGCAUGUCAUGUUGAGCCCACUGUCAUAGGCAAACGACAAGUCGUAAGUGCCGGCCUUCAAUACUCAUACUCAUGUGCUUUCAUGGGACUGAUGUUAAGCUGAUUUCCUUCAGUUCCAUAGCCAAUGUCAAUCUUCGGCCGUUUCACGCGACAGAUGUCAGUUAGAAUACUGGAUAGCCGGGAACUGAAUAGGACGGGGGCCAGCACUCAACCGCGCUUUACCCCACACGUGGCAGCGACUGGUUCAUUGUGCCUGACGCGCGACGCCAUCCCGUCGGGUGGUUGUCGCACCGUCUGUACAAAACGCUCCGUACAUCUGUAUUCCAGCAUAAUUUUCUAGAGUUCUUUGCAGCGGACUGUAUCGAAGGCUUUCGUCAAAUCUACGAAGGUGAAGCAGAGUCUGGUUCUCAUUUUCUACACUCAUCUAGCAUAAGUAUCACGUUAACUUUUCCGGGUAACUUUGAAAUCAAUAGUAACUUUCAGAGAGACGUCCUUCCUACAUAUGAAAGUUCAGGCGAUUGACUGUGAUGCAGGCAAAGUUCGUGCGUAAAUUUCUAGAGAAGGGAAUGCCUUUGUGAUGAUCACGGAGUUGCUGGUUGUCCUCACGUUUGUAUAAGUGAGCGAUGGUGGCGUCCUUAAAGUCUUGAGGCAUUUGUCCUUGUCUCCACUUCUUCUGAAAUAAUGAGUUUAAUUUGUCCGUGAGCUGUGGGUGGUCGUGCCUGUCGAUUCCAAUUGGAAGGGGGUCGUUGUCCGCUGCUUUGCAGUAGACCUAUGCGAAAAAAGUGAUAGUCUAUGCAGCAAGGGCGGAGGGUUGAGGUGUGCGUUUGUUUUCACCUGAUUGAGUUUGUCGAUGGCCUCGUCGAAUAUUGUAGAUGACCGAUUGGUGACGCCCCUUAAGUGUUUAGCACAGCAAUGUAGAAGUUGCAAUCUUUCCUUUAAGUGGGUUCUUUCGUAGUAACUGAGCAACGUCACAAUCCGCCUUGAUAGACACAAAAAGGUCGUUUACUGCAUUGCGAUCUACCCUACAUUUCUUCAGCCAUGUCAGUCGUCAGGGCAUUUUGCACCUUCCUAAGUCGUUGGUACACCAGAAUUCGACAUCAGAAAAAAGACACUUUUUGGCCUCAUCUUUGUGGUUAACGUAGAUCGCGUGCGACUCAUUCAUCAUGGAGAGUAAGUUGAAGGUUUCCUUGUCAUUGUUAUCAAACCAGUACUCGGACUGAGUUCGCACGUAAGCCAGGAUUUCCAGAGCAGUAUAAUGAAUGACAUCCCAACUGUAACUCAGUUGCGUGCCAACGGUGGCAUUGACUUUAUCAACUGAAAUUUUUUCCGGACGGAGAUUUGGGCGAUUUUCGAGAUCUAAUCGGCCAUCAGCCAUGUCCAGAAAUGCAGAAUUGAAAUUACUUAAUAUUCGCUUACCUUGGGGACGCCUGCGGGAUUUGAGUUGCAGCCUCGUCUUAGGAACGACAAGAGGGUAAUUUGUCUAGCAGUGGGCACUAAACAUUGCCUUAUAUUCAAGCACAUCGUGCUGGCCAUACUCACGAGCAGGGACUUAGUUCAGCAGCUGUCACUGAUACGAAAAAUGGUGUAGCCAAGCCGUCGGGAGGCGAAACUAGGCGUUGAUCACGAAGACACUCUCUUCCGUGCAGAUCUGCAAGAGAACAUUGUUGUUACAAACAUCCAUCCCCUGGCUUCCCAUAAAUUCCUCCCAUGUAGCGCGGCCGGUGCCAAGAGGGGACCAUUCGAUACAGGAGGGAAAACCAGUUUGUGUACCUCUGACACAAUCGCUUAGAGGGUUUACUGGUCUUCAUAGAACUUUUUCGUCAUGUUAGCAGAACUGGCCAUUUGGUUUGCGGAAGCAUGGGCGAUGGCAAUAAAUUUGUUUCCUCGGAGAGGCAGUCUCAAACCAAUGAGACGGUUGUUGGUGCCUUGCCCAGACAGGGUAGUCGUCAUAAAAUGUGGAUCUCGACGCUAAGAGCGGUGUUAGCACCACGUCGCCAUAACUUUAGAAGUUCUCUCCAGAAGACUGUGCAUCCAGAACCCACCUCCUCUGGUUGUCAUUUUUUGGAAAAUUGGGAUUUGUUGAGAGCCGCAAAGGCCACUUUUUAGUAUACCACCUCUCGGAAUACCAGAGCUGUCCUCCUUCCUGGUCAGUUGUUCAUCGAGUUUUCUAGGGAGAAACGGAUAUUUCAGGCUGUCAGAUUGGACAUUGUUACACUGGCAGGCUGUGGGGAGAAACGGGGAGGGUGUUUCUUGUUUUGCAUAACAUUGCAAUCGCAUAUUUUGUCUCCACAGUCCACCGGCCGGAUUGAAGACAGCGCGACUGUUCAGCAUUGGUUUGGGGCACUUCCUCUUCGUCCAUCAUAUGCGAGGAGUUAAGCUGUGCUACUACUAAAUAAGGGUGCUUGUCAUUCCAGGCGGUUGCUGAAUUCCAUUGCGGUGUGCCAGACUUGGUUUAUGUGAAGACCACCUGGAUUAGCCCCGGCCGCGUGAGGGCUAGCUGUCGUUCACUUUUUCAGAUUUUUACGAUUACUGGGGUUUGACCGUUGAGCGAAGCAUAGCUAGGGGGGUACAGAUUACGACUCAAAGUCAGUCAAGCACCGCACGGUGCAUCUAUCAUGCGCGUCUGGCUCAUGAAUGACCUGCCAAUCCCACGUGUUUUAUCCUUUCACUUAACACGAUCAUACCCCGCUCUGUAAGUCUAAGUUUGCAUACUCGUGAUCUAUCGACUAUGACUAAGAAUAUACCAUGUCACAUGAGAAUAAUGUUUACCAAGGUAUUGCGAGUGCAGAAUGGAAAUGGGCUUUUCCGUUUGAACUGGAAUCCAACGUCCAAUAACCGACUGUUUAUUUAUUGUCAAUGCAUUAUUAUUUCGUCAUGCUUCAGACCCUGCUCUUCAAGGACAAACGGUGAGGCACGUGCUCAUCCCAAAUUCAGUAUAGAUCCUUGAACUUCCCUCUGAGGUAACACAGUAAAGACGUUGAAAUCGGCUAACCCAUGGAAAAUAUAAUUUUAAAUCUAUGCAAAUCUAAUUCAAGAGGAAGAAAACGAAGAUAUGAGCAGUCAGAUCCUAUUUUUCAGUGUUUUUACAUAUCUUGUAACUCCAACGGAUGGUCGAAUCCUAAGGAGGACCGCACACGGGAGGGCAAAUGACACCCAGAAUCCUAUGUUAGUAUCCGGUGUGUACUCCCCGCUAACAGCGAGUGGAAAAACACUAAAGCUGAUCGGAAGGGAAAAUGACCAAACUGCAAUUCUUACGAAGUCAGCUCACGGCAGACUGUUAUUUAAACGCACAUUUCUCGGAGGAAACAGAUGACCCCUGCCGAUCCACCGACUAGCAGCAAACAGACAGAUACUCUGGCGAUGAAAGCAGUCUAUUGAUAAUGUGUCUGACAAUAUUGUCAAUUUCUUCAAUCUCACUGAAACGAAUUGACUCGCCUUCGCUGAAUCAUUGGACCGAAAGGAUUUUUGCCAUUUUGUGAAACAUCGCGCAUCGUCCAUCGGGUUCGGCUUAAUGUUUUUCAAGCCAAUUUCGUCAUAGAGGCUGGUAGGUGACUACCAAAACAGCAGAAUAAACACCUCAAAACCCCCUUGUCUUUGAUUACGGAGCACUGUGCGCAAGGGGACAUGCGUUCGUCCACGAGGGGGUUUAUUUCACCGACAGAGUGGCCACCCGCAUUGUGGGGCAAAACUGGAUGUCUUAUACAAAGAGGCGAUGUAUAUAAAUAGCUAGAUGACCACCCCUGCAACGUACUGAUCUACAGACACACUUCAGUGGACGCGGCGGCGGAGUUCCACGAAAGCUAAACAUGGAAACAGAUAAUGACAGCAGUGCGGGCAUUGGGAGGGCAUCUUGCCGCAUGUUGGACGCGGCUGAUUUUUGCGUAACGAAGAUCAGCAUUUUCCCUCCCUCACGGUCGACGCGUCACACUGUAACGAACAACUGCAGUUGCACUGAUGAUGCCCAUCAGUUGGCGGUGGCAGAAGGAUGGCUAUUAUUCAACAUUCGCCCAACAACAUAGUAAACUGGGUCAAAUACUGCGAAGUAAUGUGUCACGCUGGCCCCCAACGACCGAGACUUGUUUAACACGAAAGGUUAUGACAAAGAGGUUAUACUAAAUAGGCCUCUUGUCCUUUACAUAUAAAUCUCUCCGAGUAUAAAUAGCCUGGUUGAGGUAACUGUUCAAGUCCUGUCUACAUUCGCAGUCUACGGCAACUAAUGGAUCGUACGGCGAAAAGACGGCGAAUACCAACUGUCGUAUAAAAAGUAUCGAGCAUUCGUACCAAUCGGCCAUUUAAACGGGCACUGUAGUCCAAACUCUGCAACAUAACAAUGGGCUGCUUUCAUUAAUUCUCACCGAUGAGUCGUAAUUUAUUUUCACAAUUCCCUGUUUCAUUAAGAUUAUCACACAUAGUUCUUUAUCUAAAAGUAUUUUUCUUUGUCGACCAGAAGACUGUUCUUAAUUUUCCCAAAUAACCGCCCUACUUCAAGAAUUGUGACAUUUGAUUAUGAUGUGCGUUUCGCUGGGAUUUAUAAAGAUUAUAAGUAAAAGGAACUCAGUUAAAGAAACAGCGUUUAGGACUGCUGAUAAAAGUGGUUUUUAUUUAUAUCCAAUCAAAGCUUCCAGAAAAAGACCGUGGUUUCAGGCAGCCAACUCGCAGGCGCUGUGAAUAUGUACCAACGUCUCCUAAAAAUGAUAAUGUCAUAUAAAAAAUUGCAACAGUUUUCGUCGUACAGCUGUUUUUAUUCUGAGUGGCCCUGAAUUACGGCCUUGCCUUCGGCUACUUUUUCAGUUGAAAAGGAUGAGCAAACUCCGGGAGACGCGCCUACACUAACCUGCUGCAGACGUUUACGGGAUCGCUUAUUUCCACUUGGAUUUUGGCCUGAAUGCAAGGAACUAUGCAAACUAGCUGUCCCAAUCGUGAGUCUUCUUUUCAACACGACAUAAUGUAUUACCACAGAGUUCAUCACGGCUAACCGUGACGCACUAGCCUAACAGUUUAAACAGUUUUACAUGAAAAAAUCCAUGGUUAUAACGCAUUUCCUGCUAGUAUUAGAUGGGUGCGCGAUCUGGAAUUUACAAAUUAUUUAUAUUUUUCCGUUGCAAGUGCUGAAUCAUUGCGCAAGGCUUCCUCAUGGAAACCAAACGCAUGCUUUUAACGCCUAUCCGGCUUAAAAAUUCAGAUUAUCUAUGGCUUUAAGUGCACUCAGUCUUUACAUUCCACAUUUGCUGCGGAGAUAAAUGUAGCCCUAGGCCAGUCAAAAAGUUGUCAACUGUUAGAAAUUGUAGGUGAGCGAGAUCAGAUUUGCUGAUCAUGUGGCUGUUAGUUGGGAUAGCUUUAAAGUAGGACCGGCUUCAUAAAUUAGCACUUUCCACACUGAUAGUAGAUGUUGACGUGUUAUUUGAUGGUGGAAACCGGCUUUCAAUUACCCCCUAAGAACUUUCGAGGGGCUCAAGAAGGCAUUAGGCUUCCUCGCGCUCACCUUUUCUUAAAUGCAGGAUAUGUCAACUGAGUAGAAAAUUGUUGUUUGCAUUAGUAAACGAAAUUCUUGUCUGAAAAUAGACAUUUUCGUGCCUACAUGAUUUUGUCCUAGGUUACAUUUACGCAGAGCAUAAGGAACUUCAUGUUGAAGUACGACCCAUUUUAAGGUUACGAGUAACGUUUUGCCUCUACCAGAAAGUUUUGAACUGACACCUGGCAACAAUGUAGGUCGCAUCCUUUCUAGCCUGUUCCGGAUCACCGUUCGCUUGUGGUGGCUCGCCGUUAAGAGUUAAUCGAUAUUGGGGGUUUGAUAAUGACGUUGACAGAGUCGAGGCGUUAUGCAUCGCCCAAAAAUUAAGAUGUCUUGCAUGGGAGUCGAUACCUCUUUUUGUCAAAUAGGCUGUGAUGUACACAUUAUGGGGCUUUGAAAUUGUAUAGUGCUUGUACAAUAUUUAUCGUAGACUGGGGUUAAAAUAUGUUUGUAGGAUAGUUCGUUUCGCUCAUGGUCUGUGGAGACAAUCCGUAAGUAGAGAAAGAGGAAAGUAAUCAUUUUUCCAGUGAGUGCAAGACCCACUUUUGGCUUGCCAGUAUCCAGAUCAUACUAACUCGGAAAUGUGGAAAUUGUCUCUCGGAAGUAAAAUAUCGGGUAGAGAGUCUUUGUUUUGAAAGUUUUUGCCCUCCUUUUCACGACCGUGAUGCUAUUGACGCCUCUGCCCACACACUUGAUUUAUUUUACGGGUUGCAAUGUCCUACCUGCCCUCCAAGUUUGGCGCAUACUCUCCUGAUCUUCCUCUAUUUCUGUGGUUGAUUGCUUCUGAAGUCAUUACAGUAUAGGAACUCUUCAAUGAGGCAGUUUCAGUCUAAUUUAGCUUCGAGUACAUGGGGUAGGUUGAAGGCCUAGGUUAGAGUAGUUCUCCAAGUACUAUAACCGGUGGAAUGGAUCCAGAAUUCGCAGUUGUUUUAUCGUAUGCUUCGACUUUUAUACUCGACAUCGGAAGCAUGGACAGAAAAACUUUGGGCGAGAGGGCGUGGAUUACUCCUUUGAAGGCAUUCUGUAGACUGAAUAAUUAUGGUGAUGAUGGCGCCUGGCGGGCCAGUGAAGAUUUUAAACACUUGCUGUUGUUUCCUCCGGAGCCGAAAAAAUACUCGUGCAUAGACAGAGUUGUUAUGGCUUAAAGCCGGACCUACAUAUAGUGCGAGUUAAUUAUGCUGGGGACUAAUUCCAUUUUCGCAACACUUUCGCGUAUUCACCGUCUCAAAGUUUUGCUUGUCGUAUCCUAGUCUCUUAUUAAUGUUGCUUUUCUGGUCACUUUAAUAUACCGAUACGACUCCCUUUUAAAUAAUUUGGACGUUGACGUAUGAAUCAGACUUUAGUUUAUCCAAAUCCGAGUUUUGCAAUUGGCAAUUAUGCAUCGAUUUUGAUGUUGAUGUUCACCAGUUGGGCAUAGGUUCGAGAUCGAAAUCGCCUGCUUUUGCCUAUUUGCUUGUUCAGGCCUCAUUGCAUAGAAUAUUCUGAGUCACAAUUUGUCGAUGGCUCAUUCGUUGGACCAAACGAGAUUUACAUAGUCUCGAUCGUUUUACCCCUGGUGGAAAUGCAUACUGGUAACACAAGGUCAAGACGGACCAUGCAGUAACCCGCGUCCACGCCUGUUGGACGCUGGCUGGUAUGUCCAUAAAAGCCAACGAGGGUCUACUUUCUGGGAGGUCACGUUUGUAGAAACUUGUGUAAGACGAUGGAGCUACCAACAGCGUUUCUAGCCGUUAUUUUCAGAUGCACGGACAAGCUAUGACAGUGGAUCUAAAAUAAAGUACCGAGGACUGGUCGCGUUGUAUAAGUCUCAAGCUCUUUCUUAUCGCCACCAUGUGGCGUUGGCAAGACCGAGCUAAACUAAUAAUUCUUCUGCCCACAAAAAGUGUUUGCAGUAGUUCCAUGUAUCUUUGAGGCCUCUUCCACAGGCAUACACCGAUAAGUAAAGUUAUCAAUUCUUAAUACGUCUUAUAAUCUUCACCAUAAAAUAUUGCGUCCUAACUAGGAGCAAACACUGCUUUUUCGACUUGCAUAGGCAUACUUUCUUCGAUCAUUUAAAUGACGGUAAAUAUAAUUAUCAGAAUGUAUUGAUAUUUACAGAUUUUCUCCCUAGGUUUUUACUUCCGUGGUUACGUACAUGUUUGGGCCGAUCAGUCUGGCUUUCUGCGGUCACCUUGGCAAAACAAAUCUUGCGGCCGUUGGCCUAGCAAUCUCGGUCUUUAACGUCACUGGCGUGGCGAUAAUGACAGGACUUUUGACAGCAUGUGAUACCCUUUUUUCUCAGGUAAAAGUUAUUUUCGACAGCCAGAUGAAUAAACAGCAAUGCCCACCUUAUAAAGUUUCGCGCUCAAAAUAAUGCAGUUAUUACAUUUUCGAUGGCCGGUGAGGUCUUCAGAAGGUUUUCUGUCUAGGCCCAUUUCCUAAGGCUGAAACGGAAAUUCGUUCACAUUUGGUGCAUAAAACCAAAAUAAAAAGUUAUCUCUUAUGGAAAUAUUAGGCCAAAAAUGAAUAUUAACCUGUUUGCUGUAGCAGAAUUCGAUAUUUCAUUCAAUUUAUUGAUACCAGCAUUAAACACGUAAAUAACCACCAAUUUUCGAUUCCCCUGCUAUAAUCAAAAGCCCGUCUCUUCGCGGGUCAGUAUUCGCCGGUUCAUUUAUUCGCAGAUUUCUUUUUUCAUGGAGCGCAUCUAAAGUAUUCGGUAAUCAUUUGCAUUUAUUUUCGUGACUGCAUACACCUUCUACUAUAAAUUGAAAAACAGGCAUUCCAAGAAAUAUAAUAAGAAAGGUGAAGUUCAAUUAUAAAGUGGUUCGCGAAUUUUCAAAUAUUAAUGGAAGCACAGCAACAUAUCCGCAGAAUACACUUUUUCUUUAAAGAGUGUUUGCCGACUGAUACGCAAAUUCCAAACAUAAAGCUCCUUGGAAAGAAAAUGCAACCUGUGAAGCCGAAAGUCCUAUAUGCAAUGUCCCUUGACACAUUAUUAGCUGGUGUUUGCAAAUUAACCAAUACAGGAGUCCCAUUCAGUCUCAUAUUCAAAUUCAUAUCGAAAUGUUUGGAUACAGUAAUUAACUGCUCACUAUAGUUUCGAAUGCACCAGUGGUCCUCCUAUAUACUGUACGCAUUACUAAAAAAAGUAAGGCCUUAAUGCUGUAGGAACGUUUGCGUGUCUGAAUUCAGGAUAAAUUGAUUACCUUACGCCCUGGAAAAAGUUAAAAUAAUAGCUGCGCGCACGCAUAGCUUUGAGCCAUAUAUUUUUGAGGGCAAUGUAGUAGUGUAACUUUGAAAUAAUACUAAAAUAACUGGAGAUGAUAGUGUAAGGCAUAUUUUUUGUUGGAGCACUAAGAUAGGCAGUUAUAAGCGUUUUGGUGGCAUCUCAAGUAUUCGCGGAUCUCAUUUAUUUGUGGUUGACAGUGUUUCCUGACUACUGCGAAUGCUGAGGUCGACUAUGCAUGAUAAAAUUCGAAAGCGGUUUCGCUUCGGCACAAUAUAUUCAAAUUGAUUACAUGAAAUGCUACCUCUUAUAUCAGUCCUUAAUCUUCGGUAACAUUUCAGAAGAAAGUUUUUUGUGUCUACUGGACGACUCGCUCUGCCCUCACUGAUAAUAAAAUAAUCCAAUGAGGCUGACCGUCUAGGAAGAUAAUGUUGAAAUUUUUCUUGCGCUAAAACAGGAAAAACCUGGUCCUUCUUUUAUAUGAAUGGCCAAUAUCGCACCAAGUAGGCAGUAAUUGUGUGAAAAUAGGGGAUAGUAUUAUUUCCUUCGUCUGCUUUAUUUGCAUGCUGCUAACAUUAGCAUUGAAUUUGGAGUAAACGACGUUAAGGAAAGAGAACUGACAAAUAAGCCUGCAACGUGUGUUUAAGAAGGCCGGCGGGCGGGAGGUUUGAAACUGUCCUAUCAAAAUGUUCAAAGCUACAUUGCUAUUGAUGAAGAAUAAAAAAGGAAUUUGGAGAGAUCAUUUCUGACUGGUCGGCCGUCAUCAGCCAGCCACAUUUCAUGUUCCAAACUUUAUGAUCCAAAUUCCGCACCAAAAGUUCACGUUUUUGGGUUUCAGAAACGAAUAUAGAUAGGGUUUUAAAAAAUCAGAAUUUAUGUUCAUGCCAAAGUACUGAUUUCAGUUAAGUUGGACUGAUUGCACUGAAGUUGGACUGAUCUCCUACUUUAGAAGCUUAGCAGUCGCGUUGACUUACAGGUUGUCAUAUGGCGCAAAGAAUGUCUAGCGUUUGGCAUUUUUAUGAUGCUUCUGUUAAUUUAGGCCAAACACUACUUCUCUUUAUGCUUUUGAAGUACCACAUUUUAUUCGGAAUGACACGGAAGUCGUGGACCUUUUUGUUAAUAAAAACAAAAGUUAAAUUCAUAUGCGGCAGCACAUUUUAUUUAUGAUCCCAGUAUUGAUGUCUUGAUUUUUCUGUGACUUUUCUGCAAAAAGACAUUUGGUGGAGAGGACAAGUUCAAGAUGGGUGUCCAGUUACAAAGAGGUAAGCUUUGCCCAACUCACGUUUCCCUUAAACUUGCCUCCGUGAUAAUUUGAGCAGUCUUUGUAUGCUUCUGGAUAGGAUUGAUAAAUAACAAAAUCUCAGCGGCUUCCAAGCAUAAGAACAUGUCCCAGUUACUGUCCGCAUACACUGUUAUCAGGCCACUAGCUGAGUUUUUAAUGUAGCUGUUAUUUGCUGAUGGGCAGUACGCUGUAAUGGACGCAUUUCCUAAAGUUAACCAAGCCCAAGUUUGCAGCGUUGAGGGAACCUUUUUCUCGAAUUUAGUUCCAUGGUUUACCGUGUUAUUGACUUCCUGACCGACAACCCCGGUUUCGAAUAAGACGAAUACAUGUCUUAUAACCGUUCUGUAAGUGUAUCCGAGGACAAAUCACGCCUGUUUAUCCCCAGCUUUACCCAGAAAGUUUUUUUACAAAUCGACAGGCGAUAUUUUAAAAGUAGUGUAGAUGAAAUGAUCGGAAUCGUUUAAAAAUCUAGCUUAAGACUUGUGGCUACUGAUACAGCCAAUCGGUUCCCCUCAAAUGGUCUGCGCUGUUUAGCUGCGCUGGACCUGUUUGGGAGCUAAAUAAUUUCAUUGCAUGCGUUUGUAGGGCUGCACCGAGGCUGUGAGCUCUUAUCCAUUGCCAUGCAUGCUCCUAGUCUGUUUCAAGCAGAGACAAAAGACACUAGUUGCGUCCAGCUUCGUCGCUACUUGGUGAAAAGGCUGCUGGAGGAGAGUGUGGUCGAUAUUGACAAAUUUGGCCGCAGAAAAAUCAACGCAUUCCUCAGUACGCUGAAUACCAUGCGUCGAGUGUGAUGGUGUGGAAGGCUUCCAGUCUGUAGGAUAAGUCGAUCCCACCCUGGAACGAGGGUGGGACCCCUAUGGCAGUCUGAAUUGCGUGACAUCCAAGGCCCCGGCCAAAUUAGGCCUCGUACAUGCAGAGUCGAGAAGCAUAACCUGUGUGUCGCAGACAUACAGGAUGUUUAACUUGAUCAAUACUUUUGUCCGCACUGCUUGUGGUCGUCCUUACCGCGUCAUGUCAUCGGACCGAGGUGCUUGUAGUAAGAAGGAAUGAAGUAGAUACGAUAUCUCAAGAAAUGUCGAAUGAAAUCCUUAAAUGUGUUUUGAACACAAAACGAUUACUUAAGCAGGGUUGUCAAAAUAAUUAUAGUGCUGCACAAGACCAAAGUAGCCCAGUCGCGUCAGGAUGCCAGCUUUUGAAUGAAUUUCUUACCGACCGACCACUUGCGUAUAGUAUACUCUGCAAAAAUGGCUACUUAAGCAGCAUGAAGUAUUCCCAAUGAUUUUUGAUUUCCAACAUAAAUUCAAGUAUAUUUUACAGAAAACAUGCACAACAAUAUUCUUUUCUUUACUCAUUUGGUGGUUAUUUACGUCUUAUUCAGACUUAAUACUUGAGGAGUGUUUUUUCGUUUUAAAGCACUUUCUGAAUUCUGGAGUAAUUUUGGACGCAACCUGCCGUUGCAAUUGUAUUCGGGCCUCCGAAAUACAAGUUGUAGGCUUUCAUGCAAGGAAAAUCGUGCAUAAAAGUUUAUGAUGGAUGUGGGUCAUGUUGUUCACUUUAUAAACAGCAUUAAUGAAUGUACUGAUGCGACUGUACAAUUGGACAUUUCACGGCCUUGAAAAGAUUUCUGAUAAUAAAAUUUUGAAGUCAAAAGAUACCAUUCCUUUAAACAUAGAAUUUGAAGAACACGCAAAUUUCCACCACAUGAGUAGGAGAAGGAAUAUUUUUAUGCAUAUUUUUAAUAAACUAUAGUAGUGUUUGUAGGGGCAGCGGAAGUCAAUGGAGACAGUUCGUACAAAUUAAGCAGUUUCUUUUUUACGGAGUGUAGCUUACUCAGGUGGUCGAUAAGGUGCUCGCUUAAAAGCCGCUGUCCCGACGUAACUGAAAUAUCUUCGUAUAAUGCGACAUGAUAAUUACCCUGAUGACCCUGCUUAAAUAAUCUUUUUUGAAAUGGCAACGCGCUUCGGAAUUUCGGUUGACAUUUCUUGAGAUAGCGCAUUUACUGUAGAUGCAGCGCAAGCCUUUCUCAGUGUGAGCGAAAUCGCACGCAGGCCACAGUUAUCCUGAACGCGUGAAACAGUGGUGGACCUAGUCGUUUGCAUUUGUCGAACCACCCUUUCACAUCAUCUGCAGCCGGAGGUUUUGGUGACAUAGAGCAAAAUAUGGGCAAGGGUAUGAUGCCCGAUGCACCUCAGAUGGAGAGCAGAGCACACUAUAUAAGAAAAACGCGUAAACAAUGAAUGCUCGCUUAACGUUCUCAGACACCAGUUGAACGUUCUGUCACCAAAGCCCCUGAUGAUGCAAAUGCGCUGGCGGCAGCAGCCGUCAUCGUUGAGAUUUUUCUCAAUCACUGGUCUGGUUGCUAAGUCACUUAAUUGAAAGGAUAGGCUGUGUAAACCCACUGCUUUGAUUAUGUAUCACAAACUACUAUAUUUCUAUCAAUAGGCCUUGGUUAGUUUAUUGUUUCAUAUUUGCAGGAAGUCCCUCUCUGGGUGUUAUCUGGCGCAUCGAUCAAACAGCCUAUGCCGAGUUGUUUCAGUAUGACCUCUCUAUUUUGCAGGAGGUGGCCUUCGGUUUUAGCUCCCGCUCUCCGUGAUCCGUUGUGUCUGGCUUUGAUUUCCCUGUUUUCCCAGUGUACUUGUACCGUCUUUCGGUGUCGAUUCCAUACACUGUGACUUACUUACUUCUUCCAAAAUAGUAGUUAAACUUUUUUUGUGCCAUGUCGGUACUCACCAUAAAACGUGUUUUGUGAGCAUUGCCGACUGAAUGUCGAUUCACUUGCCGUCAGUUUGAACAUAAAUGUUUGGCUUGCUCGAUAUCCCUAGACGGUUUCUGUUGUCAAACGCGUAGGCCCUAAUUUAUUUACUUCUUCAGUAACACUUAUGAGUAGCACCGCGCGUGAACACUAAUAAGACAGUUAAAUUUAGUUGAGCUAACGUAGAGAAUGUUACUUCUAAUAGGUCGCUAAUUUGCGUUCAGAAAGGAGCCCUUCAGUUUCCCUUUUCGAGAGGCUGUUACACCGAAUACGCUUUCGCAAUAUGCGACAGCAAUAUUUCCCAUGUUUGCUUUAAGCUAGUGCUAAGUCAAACCACAGACGCUAUUGAACCUCGCCUGCAUGGACUCAUAUUGCCCGACCCAACAGCGGCCCUCCGUCGUGGAGCUACCGUUUCGGACUGCUUCAACAGGCGUUAGUCGCGUUGGUGUGUUUUCCUGUGGUAGAAUUCUUACAAUGCUUGGGACGAUUGACCGUAAACUGUUCAAUGCCGACGUAUCUAGCGUCCACAUUGGCAAUUGGCCACAAUAGAUAACAGUUCCCUUGAUUGGCAGUAUUACACCACCUCCCAGUUUAUAGCUUCGGUUAUUUCUUCCGUUUGCGCCAGAAAUAAAACUUCAGUCGUCUGGCCUUUCCGUUACCUGGAAUUGCUUGUCCGUAUUUUAAAAGGAAAAAUAGGCAACCGUCCUUCCUCUACUAACUAAUGCAUUUCAUUUUUUUCAUAACCUUUAUAUACGUUUUAUACUCUCCCCAAUGUUUUUAUUACAUUACCGAGUUGUCACUGAUGCAGAUACAACAUGGGACUACAUUUACAUUACUUGACACUUUACACAUUCAUUAAAGUGCACUUCCAUAGCUCCUCUAACAUCUGUGAGCGAUAAACAUUACACUUUCACUAGUUGACAUUCACUGUUCUCCUUUCCCAUUGCUUAUUCGUUCCAUUGGUUCCUGACCUGUAUAGGAUUAGCAAGUGGCAGAUUAUUCAAAAGCCCCUUGUUUAUUGAGGGUGGCUUUUUGUUUUUCAAAUAACGUGCCUAAUUCCUUUGCCAUAUCUAAGAGUAGUAGAGGAAUUUGAACGAAACUCUAUUUAUGUUGAUGUUUUAUUGCAUUAGUUUUAUUUCUCCUCCACAGUGAUGCCCCACCCGCAAAACCCCCUAUUUCCACCAUUCCCGAAUUACCCGGGCCUUAGGUUACUGGUUGCGAGGUAGGGUUACACUACCUACCGUUCUCAAAAUCCCUUUGUGUAAAGUUGCCACUGCGUCGAAUGAUAACCAUGUUUUCGAUGUAACCCUGUUCAAUCUCAAAUCCUCAUCGCACUGAGUUAGCUUUGCUACUAAUUCUUGCAUUUGCAUCGCAUGGGUAGACCACUGUUAUUCUCUUCUUGCUUACUUCGGAAACCUAAAAAAUUAGUGUUUUCACUGUUACGCAUGUCGUAUUAUGGCAGUAGUAUUCUUCCGCUAUUAACUUCGCUCACCGCCCCACUUCGUCAAAUAAUGCAUGCGCAAUUAUUUUCACUUUCGGCUUCAGGCAAACUUUGGAGGAGACUAGAAUCGCUGAUCGUAAACGGUUUUCAUCUUGUUUAUUAUCUACAUUUCAUCCAACCGAUGUGAGGCCACAACACUAAGGAUAAAUACAAGAUCUUUCGAAAAAUCAGUCUGAUUUGUCGGUCUUGAUCAGAGAGUUUGUACAGCGUGAUACUCAUGGAGAGCUUACUUCGAAAGCUGCAUUCUUCUAGCAGCAAUAUAAUCCAGUGUAAAGACUAAUUUUUAAGGAAUACCGUCUCCUAUGCAUACCGCUAAUUGUGGUGUAUUACCUAAAUAAAGCAUAUAAGGGUUUUAAUUAUACAAUGUCAUCGCACUGUAGCGUUUGAUACAGCAGUUUUCAAGCACGAAUUAUUACAAAACGAUUUUAAGGUGUUGUCCUUUCUGUUUUCAUGGUGCACGUGCUUGACACUUCCAGAUUUCAUAAUGCCUGCACAGAAUCUUUCAAGCAUCUGACAACAAAUUUCGUUUCGCUUUUUUCAGCUCUUAUUCUUAUUUCAUUCUGCUGUUUCCCUUGCUGGGCAAUUCAUAUGAUUGUGGAGCCGAUCCUUCUAGCUGCCCGACAGAACCCUAAAAUUGCAGUGUACGUCAAUUUUUUUCCACCAUUGAAGACUUUUGAGUUUACAAAUACUUUGGAACGAGGUGAGGGGAAUUUACUUUGAUUUCAAGCCCUUGAAUGACAAAGUUUUGCCACAAACCUGAAGGACAUGCAGCUCACCUUGCGAUUCUUGAGAGCCUGUCUUUCCUCUUGCAUCAUAAAUGUCAGAUGCAAUUUUUAAACGUCAUUAAGUUAGGGCCUAUAGGAAAUGUCCAAAACCACAGUUGCAAAUGGUGAUUGUUGAGCGGACAACGGCGAAAAUUACUAAAUCACCUUGCUCAUCGGUGGAUUUGUCCAAAUAACGGUCAGCCUUAUUUCACCAUCUAGUACUGAAAAGGCUCUCUGCCGAGGUCCAGAGAAGGGCCAUGUCACUGCGGUAAUUUCAUGUUCUCGUCAAUAGCCGUAGGUGUUUUUUUACCUGGGCUUACUCUAUAAAAGAGCAUAUAGACCCCUGUUUAGGCGGAUUCGCUUUACAAUGUUAAGGGACUGUCGACGUCCUCUGAUGCGCUUCGUAAAUACACUUACUUUGUUGACCUAAGUAAAAUGCCGGAUAAAUCUGAUUCGUACUAACCUCGUAGUGCAAUCAGGUCAAGUUGAUAAAUGUUAAAAUAAGGUUGACUUACCGACAUCUGAUCCCCCCGUAGAAAUUAUAUGGAAUUUAUAUUCCAUCAAGGUCAGGUAUUAUUUGUGGGGCUAUAAUAUGGGUUAGGCUGUGCUAUAGAUUUGCGUUUUCAAUAACUGGCUAUUAGGAUUUCGGUUUUUUAAGACUACGGGCUUAAAUGAACGAUUUCUAACGGAGUUAAAACUAAAUGGCAGAAUAUAGGCGUGUGGUUUAAUGGUAGAGAUUUUAUAUUAACUUUCAAUAUCUGGGAAGUACGAGUUUGAACCUCAGUGUCUUGCGACGUGAGGUUCGGAUUUGCAUGGCUGACGACCACAGACAAGUCAAAAACGGUCACGUCAGUCCCCUUUGUCGUUUUUAAUAACAUUCCCUUAAAAACGCAUAGUGAUUUUAAAGUGCUGAAAACAACUUUGCGUCGGUACCUUUCUUCUUCAGCUUGGUCAGUCACUACCUACUUUAUAUGAUGCCAGGUCUUUGGGUAAGUUGAAUUUAACAUGAAACCUUGGAUGACAUGCUCUUUAGUUUGUGGCUGUCUAUCAAACACUCAUAAAAUACGUUCAGGCCCAGGUACGUGUUUGGGAGGUUGCUAUCUAUAACAACAGAGCUUUUUGUGUCAUAUACUGAUGAAACCAUUUCCGCUGUUCCUAUUAUAGAAUAGAGUCGUGGCCCCGUUGAUAAUAGGAAUUACGGGAAAUUGUAUCAACGCAUUGUUGCACUAUAUUUUGCUUUACCAUUUGGAGACUGGAAUCUCGUAAGCUUUCAUUAAUACUUACAGAGAUUUUAUUCCUGCUUUAGUAAUGUAUGCAUUGUUUCUGACGAACACUCAUUAGCAUUCGCGCAGAAAAUUCGUAUGGUAUGCAUUGCUGCUAGCUGAACGUUUAGUUUUUGUUGCAAGACGAACAUUUUAAUCAUGUCAGGCAACCGAUAACAGAAAUCGUAUGCAGUACAUCUCGGCCAAAUCCUUUCUCGUCAAAACUCGUUAACGGUCGAGGAAGAACAUUUGGCAUAGUUUUUACUGCAUUUUCGUUAUCCGGCGCUACACGGACUGUAGUGCCUUCGUAACCGCUAAUUACCUCAGUUUCGUGGAACCUCGUACGUGGAGAUAAGUACGAUAAUGAACCUGGGCGUUAGCUUUAAGUAAAUCAUUACUGGCAAUAUCGCAUGGAUAUACUGGUACUAAGCAUAGGGUGCUUUUCAUCUACGGUUCACUGUCUUAUUCAGUCAGUCCCAGUCAGCGUACAUCUAGUAAUUCACUUCAACCUGGGGAGUAGGUAGCACUGGUUGAACGAUUAGUCCCUUCUCCAAAAUUAUAUGCAAACUCUGCUUAACUCUGCUUUGGGCAGUUGUCAAGCAGGUUCAUCUUGAAUGCUGUGCUGACAGUGGUCGCUUCAAUAACGUAAAAGGAGCUUUACGUAUUGUGUACAGGGCACCACCGGAAUAGCCAAUACUCGUACGUGAGCUCAUACUGGUGACAGCGGGGGAAGAGUUCAUUUAGAAGCACAACUUUUGGCUGCCUAGUUAUCUACUGAUAACUGGUGAUGGGGCGACCUCUAGUCAGGAUUAGUUGUCAAAUAAGCGUGCUCGUGAGUGUAAUUAAGAAGCAGUCUCGGGCUAGCAGUGACAGUGCCGCCAGGACGUGGAGGGCCGAGAUCUCACACGAAAAGACUGGUGACUACGCUGUGACACGGUGAUCGUGAACCCUCACUAAACAGGCCUCGUUUCCACUGCUGUCUUAAGACUAGGCUCUUAAGACAAAGUGCCAGAGAACUGAGCCUCGAAUAAACAGUCCAGUCGGCUGCUGGGGACCCAUCUUUAUUCAAAAUUUGAAGGGACACCGUGAAAAAGACCCAUGCAACUAUGUCGACCCGUGCUACGGGGUCCAAAGGAACCGAUGAGUUCUGUAACCCCAGUCCAGUUGUACCGACGAUUAGCAUGCGCGCUGGGCUACUCAGUCGACUAAAGACUCCAGAUAUUGAGUGCUGUAAUAUAAGAAUGUACCUGGGUUCUGAUGCCCAAAGUCUGACGGCGUCUAGUCUUCAUCAGUACGAGGUGUGUCUGCUGCAUUAUUAAAGUUCGAGUCUCUGACCUAAGCUACCGGAACAAUAAGGUCACAGAGGCUAACUCCUAGCUCACCCAAUAUCAUCGUUGCCCAUGCGACUCCUGUGGUGAAUAGCAUGGAAUUAUUGCGUCCCUCCAACAGGCGAACCAUUUACUCCUUGUAUGGCAACCAGUCCAUGACCAGCAGGCCUACGCAUGGCCGAAGGAGCACUUUACCAACUGCUCUGUUUCCUCUAUCUACGCACCAAAAUCGGUUGCUUACCACCGCAGUAAACAGACUCACUCGCAGUUGGGAGAACCAGUCGAAGGACUUCCUCGCCGGGAACUGCCGAUCGUUGUCAGGAGCGGAGUAGCUGGACUGAGCCAGACACCUCCCACUCCCCCACUCUAUUCACAUACUCCGCUUGCAUGAAACGACGAACCAUAAUCGAUUGCACUUAUAAUUCGCAUGUUCAGUUCUUAUCUCGUUCCCAUAUAAAUUGACAGGCCCGAUGAGAAUUUAUCGAAUUUUCGCAAAUUUCUAAAUAGUCGACUUACUGGCCGUUUCGGGUACUUCCACCGUCAUCGCCAAAGCAUACCGGAUUGGCAUUCAAGUGGAACUCUUACGGCUAACCGAAUUGACAACAUUGUAGUCAAAUUGUGUUUCUGUAAUUGGAAUCUCGAUUGCAGAUCGAUGCGAACUGGCAACACCUAUGGGACAAAUCAUGUUUUUUAAAGCACGCUCGAAAGUGAACCUAUCGUUUUUGUCAAACUUUGCACGCAUAGGACCCCUUGGAGAAGCAAAAGUACGACAUCCAGUCUCCCUUUACAAUGCGAGUCAGUUAACAAGGCAUUUAAGAAACUCCUCUGAACGAUCUAUAGGUAGUGGACCAGCUCCAAAGCAUUACGAACAGCUCGUUGUCUGCCCCAUAAAGGUGAUUUUUCCCGAGCACUCCGAAAAUGACAAACUUGGUUAGAGAUGGUCGCAAAAGUUACUGGGCUGAAAGGGCGACCAACAUAAUACAGGCCUCAAACGUUGCUGACACUCAAAAUCUAUGACAAGUUGUUAAUCAAGUUGAAGGUUGUCUCGGCACACAAAGUAAAUCCAUGUACUAUAUGAGUGACGUCUUUGUUUCUGGGGAAUUAACCACAGUCGGGUUCCGACACGAGCGCUUUCAGUGACGUCUCAAAUCCGAUUAUCGAACAAUCACAUUCUCUAUCUCUCCUCUACUCGAGUUUGCAUUUCUUCUCAACCCAUGCAGUGUCAUCUGACCCCAUUCUGCUAAGGCAUUAGUCAACGCACUAUUGAGACUGCGCAACGAUAAGACGUGCGGUGUGCACGGAAUUUUCACUGAAGUCCGUAAAUCUUAUGUCGAUGCUCUGACAUCCUGGUUAAUUUAGGCGACUGGAUAAGCGGGGGAAGAUGAGCUCGUUCCCGAUGGUUGGGACUCGAUUUUCCUUGUCACUGGCCUCAAGAAGAGAGAUAGGCCGUCGCUACAAAGGUCUUCAUCAUUGUCAUACUCAGGUUGUUUCAAAUGGUCGGACUCCAAAUUGGAUUUAACCAAGCAGGAUUCAUAGUCAGAUAUAGAUCCACUGACCAGAUAUUCACAUUGUGGCUUAUUCUUAAAUUUCGCUAUGGUUCCAGCAACCCACGGUCGUCUGCACUGCCGAAUUCACUGCAACAUCCGCUAUCGCUCAUCAUAAAUUUCUGCUGCGAAUAUUAUAUCGGGAUAACAUGUCGACGGAACACAUCUCCUCUUCACGGGUCUCGCCCCACAGAAAUCUCUCCCAGCAAUUCGAUGUACGUUCUGAUUGCACUCUUACGUCCAUCCCGUACAAUUAUGUCGUUUACCAAAUUAUCGCGAUGAUCCUACACGACUUGAACGGCAUCGAGUUUGCCCCUAGAUACCGACUGACUGGCCUCGACUAUGCUAACAAUGUCGCCCAGUUAGCGUCAAGCUAAAAUGUUUUGCUAAAGGAGAUGGCGUGAUCGGAUAGGGUCGCUUUAUCAAUUAAUGCUGGGAAGACGGCGUUUUCGGGCUGCGUUCCUGAUCAGGAAAAUGUACCUCUCGGGAUUAAUGUCUGCCGGACUGAAAAAGUCGACAAUUCCAGUUAUUUCGGGUCAAAACUGCUGCCAAAUAAACAAGAGAAGGACAACGUCGUCUUCUGGACCGAUGCAACCCCCAAGAUUUUUGCAGUUUUUAGAAGGCGUUUGUGUCUGUAGCGAUAUCUGCGUUGUCACAAAGCUUCAUUGCGAACGAGCAUCUAUCUAACCAGUCCCCUUGUAAGGCUCUGAAGUUUAAGCUAUGUGUGCUGAAAACGAGAACAAACCGAAGGUGCUUGACCACUGUUUCCCGAAAACUGUCAUUCGAGUGAAGUACGCUAGCUUCGUCCCCAAUAAGACAAUCUGCACUCAAUGUGACAUCGCAAGGACACCUCAAGCCACCCGAGUUUGAGAUGGUUUUGCUAUCUUCUUCGUCUUCCUUCCAGUGAAUUCAGCAUCGCUGCUACUUCCGCAACGGCACUGUGCAAUCAGGGGUGUCGAUGAGGAGGUCAGCGCAAAACCUGGACAUACGCGGUCUACUAAGUUGUCGAGGUAGCAAUAGACGACAACUUGAAGGUUCUUAAAUCAGAAAGCAGAGCAGACAGUUAAACGGACAAGCUUCUCUCCGGCGAAUGAGUGAACACACAGAUCAGCAGGCAGUGUCAGCCAGUGUUCUCAUCAGGAAGGUGCAUGCAUCCGAACUUCGUCCGACAGCAGUCAGUCGGUGAGGAGAGAAGUAACGACCGACGUCAAAGUCUCGCAAGUCAAGGUUUGAGUCACGCUCGCAUGCGGACGGGAGGCAGCAUAGGUAAGCGGCGGAGCUGACGACAAUAAAAGAGACCAAGUACAAAGUCAUGUAAGUGUUUCUUGAACCUCCGGUCCUCGGACUCCGUCGUCGGACAAGAGGGUGGGUUAAGAGCUACAAGUCCGUUGUAACAAAUCGUCGCUCGUUGUGAGGAACACCCCAAGAUCUCUUCGAGAAGGGUUAGAUUGGGCAGGCGCACAGCCGUACAAAAUGCGAGACAGCGGAUACCGUCUCAAUUUUUUCGACUGGCUUUGUUAUCUGCCCCCAAGAGUUCUCUACAAGAUCUCUAUGUCUGCCCUUGGAUGAAAUGCGCUAAAAGCGGUCUGAUACAACAAUCAACUUGACAGGCAAAUUGUUACACCUGACCAUCCGUAUUCCCUGUCUCACCCCUGACAUCGACCUCUGCCUCCUCCUUCACCCAGCUGCCCCAGAUUAGACAGCCUCCUUCCCACACCCCCUCCCAUUAUUUUGCUCACCCCUAACCAAAGGAAAUGAUGGACUGGCUUUUACGACACGUGUUCGGAAUGUCUAAGUCUGGAAAAAAGAUGAACCAAUUCGAGGCGAUCUGUAACCCACCCUAAUUAAUCAUCAUUGUCAGGCAUGGAAAGAAGCAAGUGAACUUAUGUUCUGCAUGGCUGCGCGCGGUGUACGCUUCCAAUAUAUCGUGUGUAGCGUAAAGCUAUUUAACAUUUGCACGCCGCUGUCUUAUCGCUUCUAGGUAUCGUUCGAUUUUUUGAAAGUUUGUAUUUUCAUUUCAAACCUGACUCCAAGAUAUGCUUUAUUUCAGUGGAUCAGCCAUUUCGCAGUCAACUGCCUAUUGUAUUCAAUUUCUCGGUGCGCUCGGCUAUCUGAAGUGGUCGGGACUGCUUAACAGCACCUGGCGAGGUAAGUAAACUGCCACCUGGUCGUUCUAAUUAAAAUGAGCGGUGUUAUUAUAUAGCACGCGAGCACUAAGUACAAAAUACAGUUUUUGAGGAUCACCCAUUUUCUGUCUAGAGGGUUCGGACGGUUGUCCAGAAGCGCCAUCCAAAUACAAAUGCAUGGAUUCAGAGUGCCGGUAGGAGCUCGGUAAUAGCGAUUUUCGUACGGAUCAAAACCGAUGGAGCCUCAGUUGCCUUCGAAUGAGUAGGCGGAGUAUGACCUGGAAGUUGCCUUAUAGCAUCAAUAUACUGAAAUAACAAGGACGUCUACUGCUUUCUAAACUACUGACAUCCUUCCUGGAUGGUAAACUCGAACACACUUGUAGCCACAGGGCACAAAUAUUUUCUGCGUGCCGUCCGCAAUCGUUUGAAGAUCCACCACCCGAGGUCAGUUAGUCACAGCCGCAACUGCCCACUCAUCACAUAAAUACGAAGGGUGUAGUUAUGUCAAUGCGACCUCACCGAAGACAUGUGGCCAGUGACAGUCUCACUGUCUUGGGGAUCUCAAAAUUCGACAAAGUCAGUAAACAGAUUUUCCGUCGAGGUCUCCUGUGAAAGUACUAAUUAUGCAUCAGGGGACACUUUACCCGUGCUUGUCGUUAUAACAUGCAGUCCACUACAGUAGAUAGUGAAAUUCAUAAAUGAAAUUUCAGAAUAUUCUUCCCACCAGAAAAGGUUGCAUAACUAAAGUUGCAAUGCUGACUACCAUGAAUGAGGACCUCAAGGUAUCUGAACCUAAAGAAUAAAUUUGUGUUAUCUAGAGGCGGUUUAUAUGGCCUUUAAACUGUAUAGACCAAGGUGUAGAGGAGCAUAUUUGUACGCAAUUGCAGAAAACUUCACAAGCUGCUUGUAUUGAUAAACCAUUGUGAAAACAGUGAUCCGAAAAUUCCUCGUGGAUUUCACGCUUAGUUUCAUUUUAGAGGACACAUCUCGAUGCCUCAUGUUCGUUAUCCUUCGACGUGUGCUAUUGUUGGGGAGGGGAAGGAUAUACUUGGAUGGAAUUCCGGUAGACUCUGGCUACUUUUACAGAGUAGGACGCGUACCAGACUGAUUAAUCAGAGAGAUAUGUCAAAGAGAAAAGAAGUCUUAAACACACGUACUUACAAGAGCUAGUAUUCACUGUAUAAACGGUGAAUGGUGACGCUAACUGAAACAUUCUCGGCAAACUACAUUUAAAUUUUGUCGGUUUUUUAAAGUUAGCAAUAUAUAAUAUCUGCGCCAAUCUUUACUCACCGGUAUCUGUCGCCAUACAAGUAAGCAGAAGUAGACGAAUUUUAGGUUGGAUCUCGUUUCGUGGUCGUACCUGCUGUAGACAAGCCCCAGCCGCCUGUCAUACGGGACUUGUGGUAAUGGGGGGUUUAACCCCAACCCCUCAUCCUUAAUCCUAACCCCAACCCCUUACCCUAACCCUAACACCUAAUUCCUAACCCCUAACCCCUUGGCGCUAACCCCUAGCAGGUACGGCUACAAAAUAAGAUCUUGCCGAGUCUAAUUCUUGACUAAAAAUUGAGACUUUUCUAAUCCAAAUACCGACAGAAGGCAGAGCAUAGACUGAUUUUUUUUAUCUGAUUCCUUUGCGUGGCACUGUAGGUCGUUAACUCCAGUUAGACAUUCUGCUGACCGAAUUAUUAUUAUUUUUGUACCAAGUGUCACUGCCAUCAGCGUUAGGCUGUUUAUGGUUGUUCAAAAUCCUAACAGUUCGACCGUUGUGGCCAGAGAUCCAAGUAUUGAAAACACCUUCAAUAGGCAUUUUACGUAACUCCUUGAAACGUUUUCAACAGAUGCAUUCCCACGAAAAGUUAUCAAUCGUUUUGGAGAAACUUUGAAGAUCAAAGCAUCGUAUUUGGCAAUCUUGUAUCCCAAAAUGCAGGAUGAGCUCCAGAGGUAAUUUACGCUCCAUUUCUUUGGGUUUAAGGAGCGUAGACAGAAUUUAGGACACAAAGGGUGUUGUAGAGUAGAAGUGGUAUGCAUUCCGAGACGAUAUAAUGAAAAAAGAAGUGGUUCUUCAGAAAAAAAUCGAGUCCUACUCGUGAAUUUUCGAAUUGGUGACACGAACCCGUCGUCAGACGAAAGGAAGAUAAAAGAGAGAGUGAGACAAUCACACUAGACUAGUUGACGCGACAGGACAAACAUUGACGGGCGGACCAUUAGCGUGUGAGGAGUGAUGAGGGCAUGCUGAGGUAGUCAUGCUGAGUUCUGAGCCGGAAGGGGAGGAGGGGGGGGAGAGAACAGUUACGGCUCACUGUAUUGGAGGGAGGGGGAGAGAAUGGAAGGUUGGGGGAACUGCGGGCGCUGAUGCGGCGUGGGGCUCAGCUUAGUAAGCCGUGAUCUUAGGCCCUCAUAAUGGGCGUCUAGGUCGACGUGGCGGUUGAUGCUGUCCGCGUUAGAGUUCCAUGCCUCUAGGAAUUCUCUCACCCGUUUUGCGUUGGCCGUGGCGAUGACCUCAGUGUUAUCCCAAUUAAAACGGUGGUCGCACUGGAGUGCGUGUGCAAAGACGAGGGACAGUGGGUCACGGCGACGGAUAGCUAGUUUGUGUUCAUUAAUUAGAGUUCCCAGGUGUCGUCCUGUAUGACCAACAUAUGCGCAGGGACAAUUGGCACAUGGGAUGCGAUAGAUGGCGUUAGUCUGUUCCUCUUUGGAGCUAGAAUCCUUUACUCGAGUUAAGACUGUGCGCAGCGAGGAUGCAGGCUUGUGGGAAACGCGGAUACCGAACUGAUUUAACUGACGGGCGAUCAUUUCUGAGGUCCCCUGAAUAUAGGGCAGGAAGAAGAAUUUCUGUGUCACGAUUUCUCCAUUUGAGGAGGGGCCUCGAGGUUGUGUCUGACGCCUGAGGCAGUUCUUCACAAAACUGAUCGUAUAUCCGUGAGAUCGAAAUAACCGAUAUAGAUAACCUAGUUCUUACUUCAGCAGAUCGUCAUUGCUGCAGUGUCUUGUCAAAUAAAAGGUAUCAACUGAAAGUACCAUAACAGAAGUACGGGCAGGGCAGCAUUCAUGUGAUGCACAGAUUCCCACGCAGUCCGGCAUGCCAGAGAGGAAUUUAAACUGGGACAUUAAACCUCUGUCUUGAAGACUUAUCGCAAUUGCUUUUGACUUUUUAGGGUAUGCAAAGGAGAUGUGGCUUGACUGGUUCAUCUGGUUCAAACUGGCUCUUCCUGGACUUGCUAUGACCGGACUAGAAUGGUGGAUUUUCGAAUUUGGGACUAUAGCAGCAGGUUCGUUUUACAAUACAGUGCAGAGUAUUACGACAGGAAUUAGAAGGAAUUUGCAAAUAAAAGGGGCACAUAAAGUUUUUUUGGUUUUAAAAGUCAAUCCACCAACAAAUCUGAAAAUUCUCUCCAGAGCGAAUCUGUUUGCCGUAAAAACUUACCGACCACAGAUAAUGUUCUGUUGACAUCCGUGUGGCGUCCUCGGAGAAGUAGAGAAAGUCAUCAGUACCUUUUUAAUUUUCUCGGAAAUUAAACAGGGCAAGCUAAAACUGGAGUUCAUAUACCAGAAAUCGCACGGGGAAGGUUGGGGGACCCACUGAUGAGCCGAACCCCUCGCAGCUGCGUCAGGCAGCGUUACACGAUUGGCGAAACACGCGUGUCUGGGCUUUCAGCUAGUACCCGUGUUCUCAGUUUGGUGAAUAAUUACACAAAGAUUCCAGUGUUGUAGCAAGUUUUAUGCAAUAACCGAAGACUAAUAUUUUUUGAGUUUUCUGUUCCAAAGCCUUCCACAAUGCAUUUUUGCAGGCAUUUGAAACAUAUGGAUAGCAUAUGCAUCACGGAAUGCUUAAAGUUGAACAGAAGUGUGGAUACUUGGCAAAGCACGGGAACGCCGCAGAGAGGAUACGUUCGGAAUUCUACCCAACGCUUGACUUUCACUGACAUCAUAGAUAAAUGAGUGAAGUAAUAAAGUUAAGACAAGCACGAUCUAGAUCAAUUCAACACUCCUUCAUGCUGUCAAAAACACGUUAAUACAACCAGGAUAGGUAUCCUUUGUUUCAGCAAAUUUGAGGACAGGUGGCGAUCAUUUAUCUUGCUCUCAUUAAGGGCAGACAGGAAAUGAGUUAGCCUGAACCUGUUUUCAAUUGCGAAUUGACCUAAAGUCUAACGCUUGAUAUUAAUUCUAGCACACCGAAGACAGCUUUUUUGUGCUCCCUGAAAGUGUUUUUCAGAAAGAUAAUUUCAAGAAGGAUCUCUGAACAUGAUUCAGUGGACGACGCUUUUCCUAAAGCCCAGCGGAGCCGUGGUUUACCCAGAUCAGUCCAACUACAUCUGUAAUCAGAAUAGCAUUGCCGACAAAGAUAAGAGAGACUGCAAUGGUCACUUCUCGCUUAUUAUCCGUCGUCAGUCAGUCAUACCCAACUCCGAAAUGUGGAACGCCUGGGGCUCCUGUUAUCCUGCCAAUAUAAGCGCCGCUGUGCGGCUACUGGUUGAACUCGAGAGAGAUUCCUAAGGCAUAAGGGGAUGAGUGAGUUCCGUAAAAAAGGUCGGUGAGCAUCCCUCUGCCAUUUUAUAUUCCCGAUGGCAAUCGGCAGGACAGCGAGCCCGUGGUUCAGCGGUUAGAGCCGUUGGACUUCUAACUAAGAGGUCGCCUGAUCAAGCCCCAAGUUUUCCACACUUCGGGGUUGGGUAUGACAGUCUACCGACGGCUAAUAAGCCAUAAAUGGCCGUUUCAGUCUCCCUUGUCUUUUCGGCAAUACCAUUCUGCCUAUAUAAUGCGCCGCUGUGCGCUUGCCGGUUGGACUCGAAAGAUAGAGUUCUAAGGCACAACGAGACGAGUGAUUUCCGUAAAAACGAUCGGCGAGCGUCACUCUAUCACUGCAUUUACAGUUUCAGUUGACUGGAUCUAUACAGUGGCCAUCAAGGAAUAUAGGCGUUUUUCGAAUUAAUCAAAGUGGCUGGUCAUGUCCUUGAUUGAUUGAUUACAAGAAAGCAUUUUGAACCCAGACAGGAAUUGUUGACAAAUGCGCACUAACUGCUUGUUUUAAGUAGUGCUCAAUAAAAACUAAUUUUCCGGUGUAAAGCACGUAAUAUGGAUCACGAAAAAUAUGGUGAAAGCCGCUAAAAUAACAACAAGUCAUUGCUGUAGACAUACCCCAAAUUGGUUUUUCUUUAUUCUUCACUGUUAUUGAUGGAUGCUUUUUUCUAGGGUUAACUUAUCGUUUAAGCAGUACAUUUGUACCCAAGUAUUAAUGUUUUAUGGGAAGUUACAAGGUUCUUCCAGCAGUACGAUGUUAAUUAGGCCAGGUUUUGUGAUUUCCCUCCCUCACGACAAUUAUCUAAUACACCAGGUGAGGAGUUCUUACACAACCCUUUUCUCUUACAGGCGUGGUGGGCGAGAAGGAGCUAGCAACUCAAACGAUUGUCUUCAACGUUCAGUCCCUCUCUUAUACCCUGGUAAACAUUGUUUAUGAAAAACCCCCCAUAACUAGUUAUCAAUAUUAUCUACUAGACGAAAAUAAUGACACUUUAGUUCAAGCGACAUUUAUGCAUUCGAAUUUAACGCCAAUUGCAAUUAUUUUUGCCUAGACAUUGACUUUGUUUUUUUGAGAUCUACCUUUGCUAAUGCGCUUGCUGUUCGUCGAGUAAUCGGCAUCGCCUGCUUACGUAGGUGUGAAAAUUCUUUUUCCGUCCAGAGAUUCGUUGUGUCAUGGUAAAUCAACCGAAAGGCCAUUUUGUUAAGCGACUGGAGUGGUGUUCUUUGUUUUAGUUGCCGCUUGGACUGGGGAUCGCGUCAAGUAUUCGAGUUGGACAGGGUCUUGGUGCACAGAACGCACUAAGACCAAUAACAACAACUUCAGUGACUAUGGUGAUAGUUUGUAAGUGUUUCGACUAACUUCCACGAGACAUUUUCAGUGCAUAAAAUAGAUCCACCAGACCACCAUUUUCACAAGAGUUUAAGUCAUUUUCGGGAUGCUACAGACAGUGUGCGCUUCAGGGAACAGACGAGUGUUCAAACUCUCGGCAAAUCAGGUAUUUCCAGUCACGAAGGCAAACUGCACUCCCUAUCGUACCCCUAUCAUACGUGUAAAGUAAGAACCUGGAAGGAAUAAGAAUUUCGUCGGUGACAUCCUGUAGGUCUUUCACUAGCACCUCUCAGACGUGAACUUCACCCAUGAGCAGAAGACCAGGAGGACGAACAAAUGACCCUUUCCUUCUCCACUGUUUCCUCUCUCGAAUAUGAGUCGGGGUAGUUCACUUCCAAAGCGCCCACCUCCGAUCUGUGAGUUCUCCACGUAGUCCUGCUGACUGAGAUUCAAGUUCAGGGGACCCCUUUGUGGUGUUGUCCUUCGUCAGUUGUCGUCACGGUGAUAUCCGAGGUUUUAAACCGGUUCGUGGCUGUUAGAGUGAGCAGCACAUGCGCGCACGAGACGCAGAGGCAAAGUGGUCAGUCAGCUGUUGUGUCCGGAAGCUACCUCCAGUCGUUUUCUUUUAUCUUAAUUUCACCCGUUUAGGAAAUAUGUGGUAAAGGCAAUCACUUGAGACCUCUCUCAACAACAAUACAUUUUCAGCACUCCUUAACUGUCAUGGUAUCUAGACAGAAGUAACUUGUAAUUUCCAUCAGGCAAAAGAAUUGGGACUUGGAGGGCAGAGGACCAGGUUGCCCUAUGUAUCAUUCUUAGUACGGCCUUAAGACCAUGCUAGGCGACAUAUUACCAGAACGACUCAUGUCUAAGAAGUUCAAAGUCUUCUAAUUGUUGAUUGGUAGGCCAGAGACAAAGCGCGACAUUGCACUUCCGUCCCGCACUUAGGGUAUAUUGAUGCGUGCCACUGUCGUGUGAGUGAAGUAUGGCUUUUUAACAGAAAUAGAGUAACACGUGGAUGAUGGUUAAUGCCCGAUCAGAUGCUGAGCCCAAGCCAAUUUCCGGUACCAGUUAAGUUAUCUUAUCGAAAACAUAUUGUGUAUCACGGACUCGUUCCAGUUCACCGAAGAGCCUUGGAAAGCUGUACUUUCUCCCGAAACUGCUGAAGUAGAGCUGACCGAAAAUUUUUCUCUGCUUGCCUGCAGAUGAAAAAAUACCUUAGAAUACAAAUUUUUCUAUCUUAUCUCAUCAAAAAUUUCCGGGUUAUCGUACGUUGAGGCCGUUGACUUACUUUGUUUUCGCUAUUUAAGGCGCCGUUUUAGAAUCGAAGAAUGAGUGCUUUUAAGUAAAGCGCUUAAUGUUUUUUCAUGGUCAUUAGACAUUAUGUGCAAUAUUCUCUCAAGUAAAUACGCAUUUGAACAACUUUCUCGAUGCAUCAUUAAAUCAGUUGCUGCAAUAUUUAAUGAGGAGUCGCUGCAUUGCCUUUAAUCUGUGGCAAGCUCAGUUAUUUUCGUGACGAAGUUUCCAACCAAGUUGUAUUCCCACAAAUUACGGCUUAGCAAAUGUUUCAACUUUGGGAAUUGUUACCGUCGCCAGUGAACCCUACUUGAAAAUGGCAUAUUCCAUCAAACCUCUUAUAAGACAAUAAGAUUUAUCGGAAAGGCCUCGGCCGCGAUUGUGAGACCCUGGCUACCACGACCUAUAAGCCCGGUCCCAAAUAGAAAGAUAAGGUGGAGGCCAGUUGGGAAGACUGUUGAUUCUGUACAGAAUAACUGGAAUAGGGAUUGGAGAGUUAGCACCCAGACGAGGGCGUGUCCGGCGCCGGUAGAGCUGCGUCCCAAGUCCCCUCAUCAGGGAAUGCGUCAAAGGGUCUUAAGCCAGUAGAUGUCUGACUCGGUCGUGAAAAUGAUUGGCCAGCUGGAAAGCCGAGUGAGCGAACCGCAGACAGCCCUGGUGCGCACGUGCGGGCACCCGCAAGAGGCCCAGCGUUGCAACGGGCGCUCGUAGUAGGGUCACUACAUAUGAGGGCGAAAAUACGGAGAAGAUCACUUAUGACAUUUUUAUCAUCUCUAACAACCAUAACCUAACAACUGGCCAAGCUGAUCUGAAGUUAGAAACUAGAUCAGUUGUUUUAAUGGAAAUCAAGUUCCAAUCCCUUUCCAGUGGGCCAAUUUAUGGAAAUUUGCUGUGGACUUUGGGGUUCAUUUUAUUCUCCCUCUGGAGUGGUGACUCGCGAAGCGUUGUAUGCGGGGUCUACAGCCGCAUAUUCAACCAUGUUGCCCUGAGUUACAUUGUAGCCAUAAAAAUUUUGCCAAAAUAUAAAAACAGCCUUCAAGGCUCCUCCGAUCAGUAGCCUUACUCUUUCUUAUAAUGAAUCACGAAGUCAGACACAGUAAAACUUCCAUCUAUCAUACCUGCCUUGGCAGGAGCCAUCGAGGUUUACAAUGUCAAUCUCAUUUCUUUUUGAAGCGCAAGGAGGAUAGUCUGGGUUAACGCGUCAGAGCAAAAAACCAUGGUAAAAUUAUAUCUGAUCGAUUUAAAAACACCUGCGCGUGAUUUUGUAAUCAAAAUAGUUGUAUCUUAAUUGAAUCCGCCGCUGUGCAAUAUCUCGAAAUGCUUCUAAAAUUGAAACUAAAGUUUCAACAUCAAGUUUUUUUCUGAUUUCAUGAAAUUUCCACCCAGGGCUGCUAAACCUUCGUUUGAAUGCGGACUCUUUUUCCGUCCCUUACGCUAACCGACCUUCUUUGCUUGACUGCUUAGUACAGCCCUAAAAUAAAUCGUACAGGCUAUAAACAAAAUUAAGUAAUUUUAGGUCCAUUCCGUUCUAAAUUACAUAUUUAUGAUUAUAAUCUCCUCACAGGUCAGGAAAUAAGUUCUCAGUCAAGUCAUGAAACUAGAGGAAACGUUUAUUUUGUCCUUAUCGAAAGUAGUUGCCCAAAUUUGAUUGCAGCUUUUGAAGUUUUCCGGAAUUUGAAGGUAGUUAAUGACAAACAUGUCUGUAACGGUUCUAGCGGUUUCUGUAGAUGUUUUUUUGUUAUAGGUUUUGCUUCAAUAAUCAACGCAACCAUAUUUCUCACACUUCGAUACGAGUUGCCCAAAAUUUUUACUUCAGACAGGUAAGAAAGGCUGGCAAAGGUAACAAUGCUUUACAUUUGGUCAUUGGAUCGAAAUACCAAAAGCUGAAAAAAUAAACAGUUAAAAUUUUUCUUAAAAAAACUACUACAUGGAUAAGCGCCUUAGUUUUUUUCGAUUUAUAAGCGCCAGUCAGUAGGAACUCAAGUGAACUUUCUGGACAUGGAAAGAUGAACCCCCAUACGAUACAGAAAGAAUUUAUUUAUGUUAUAACACAAGUUGUUCCGAUGUUUAAGACGCUUAUCAUUACUCAUAAUGGUACGGAUUGUCCAUGAUGAAUUGGUUUAUUAGCCCAUUUCUCGUAGGGCAUUUAAGACGCCACUUGGAAUAUUACAUGGUAAAGACUUAGCGUAUUUAAUUCAACACAUUGAGUUUUUCGUAAUUAACACCUAUAAAUGAUCUUAAUUUCAUUACUUUGGGCGUUUUUGUGUAUACCGAGUAAAGGCAUUUAAAAAACCCUACACGCCCAUGUUGGAAUGCUAAGUAUCCGCAAAUUAGAUGGCGCAGAAAGUUUCAGGUAAUAGCAAACAUAGUGUGCUGCCGAAAGCCCAUUUUCCGCUCACCGUAAGUUAUCGUUUAUCUUUUAGUUCAGUCUUAUCGCUGACAGCGGAGGUCUUCCCGUGUCUCGUGGUAUUUCAAUUGUUUGACGCCUUUGUGGUAAGAACGUGGUUCCGAACUUUUGAAAGGGAGAUUUUCGCCCUCAAAUAUUUUUCCUUCUUUUUGGAAAUAAACAACUGCUCAAAAGUUUAUAAGAGCCUAGCAGUCCUACUAUUUAUUGUUAACCACGCUAACCGUUCGAAGCCGUAAGACUUCUAUUCAUUAUGAUGAAACAUUAAAAUGAGCACUUGAAGCUUUUAUCCUCUUCACAAACCACCUGUAAGAGGUAAGCGGAUUUGAAUCAGAUCGUAUGCUGAUUCUGAGAAACAGUAGGAAUUAGCAGUAUUUGGACCAUUAAAAGCCUUUUAACCUAGAAAUGCAUGGCUAUUACUGCACUGUUAACUUGCAGGUGCUAAAGGACUCACACUUCCCGGAAAGUUUAUUUCAAUUUCCGAACCAUUGCUUUCCGCAGAGAACACAAUAACCUUUGUAGUAAUAAAAAAUCAAAAAGUUCAGUGCACCCAACCGGCUUGCUGUUAUUUUAUCACGAACAUCCUAGUGAAGAAUAAUGUUGAAAUUAAGGGCAAAACUCCGCCUAUAGGGUCUCUGCGUUUUCCAAGUUUAUAUGGAAGAUCGUGGACUCGCUCACAUUUACUGAUAAUGUCAGAUGAACGGGUUCCAGGCACCCUAAAUGUAGAUAGUACGCCAUGUCGUCUGAAUAUUCCUGAUGUUUGCCCUACACCAAAUGACACAGUUAGUAGUGGUAACUUCCUACAUUUCCUGUAAAUACACAGGGCGCAGGAUGCGGUAUCGUUCGCGGCUCCGGAAUGCAAACUGUGGGUGCACUAAUUUGCUUUGUGACACUCUACCUGAUUUUUGAGCCGCUAGGACUCUGCCUCCUCUUUCUCACGCCGUUAGGUCUUCGGGGUAAGCAGUUUUCAGUUUUCUUCGAAAUUAAAAAUGACCCGCGUCUGCAAAAUUACAUCUGUUUAACAAUACCGAUUUUUUCGUAAAUGAAAAAUAAAGUGGGAGAUUAGAUGGAAACGCACAUAUCUCUGAAAAUUGAAAUGAACCCCUACCAUAGCAGGAAGCUCUUAUACGAAAAGUGACCAUAAUACAUGUUAUCCAGAUAGAUCAUCAGAUGGGCUGUUCGUCUCAGUUGCGAACGUUUUAGUUUAAUAAAUAUAGAGAAUUGUGGUAAACCUCGCAGGUUUUGUGAAAAAGUCUUAUUAAAUAAUAUUCAUCUAAAGCAGUAAAAUAUACCCGUACAUUUAGCAUAGGAUAUUCGGUCAGACAUAAUGCAUCUUCCGACGGAGGUUUUCAAACUUAUACUGAGUUUCCAUACAUUUCUUUAUUCUAACUCGUAAUCAUCACUCUAAAGCAGCUUACAAAAUAUACAGACAGCCAGUAUCCUAUGAAUAGUUCUGUACUACGUAAGUAUUAUCAUCUUUUACCGCUAACUGUGUCGAAAACGACAAGAGCUUACUAGACGCCGCACACAGACUGAUACGGAUGUGUUACGCUGAUGAUUUGACAAUAUAGGUGCAGUUAAUUUCGAAAAAAACAGAUUUACGAUUAUGAAAGUGGGUAAAAAGGGUACUGAGCCGGUGCCAGCUCUGGGUACAAGAAAAGAAGCCCUCUGUUCCUUUUUCGUCCUUCCAUGUGCAAAUAAUUUCUAUGUGCCUUUCUUGACGCUGCUUGGUCUUAGCUGAGCUCCCAACGCAAUGCACAGUAUUUGCUUUUCUUAUCAGGUUAG